AUGGUGCAGCAGGGAAUUAUCACGUGCUAUUUUCCCUGCCCAAGUCCCGUUAAGAUUCAGGAAAUCCACAAUGCAGGCCUCACCUACCAGAACUGGUUUAACCCAUCCUUUGGUACCACGAGCAUCAAGAUUCGACCCUACUUCGGUGAAACAAUUGCCUUCUACUUCAAGUUCGUGGCGCACCUUGCGCAGUCCAUGUUGGUUCCUGGCUUUGCCGGCGUGGUUUUCUUCAUCCUGAGAAUGGCUGGGGUGAUCCAGCAAAAGGAAGUUGGAGCGGUGAGGACAGGAUUCUGUCUGCUCUUCUCCAUUUGGGCCGCAACCCUCCUCCAACUCUUCGCAAGGCACACCUCCCGGACCAAGCAAUUCUGGGGUGUGGAGGAGAGCGAAACUUUUGAGCAGAUAAACAAAGACUGGGAUCCCAAGAGAACCGGCGAGAGAGCCAAAAUGGUGGUCAACUUUGCCACGGUGGGGUACAUUGCGGCGUACGUGGGUGGCAUCACCGCGCUCCUGACCUGGCAGUACAACCUUCCGACCGACUCAUGGCUCUCCAGCGUCUCCUCGCUGUUGCUGACUUUGGUUAUCAAG